CAUGGACGUUCCUAAAGUCUAUGCCUGUGUGAUAAAUAAACAAGAAGAGAAAGGCAUUAAAGCAACAUCAAGUCUGCAGGUGUCUCCCCCCAGGACAUACCUUGCCCCCAACAGACAGGAUGUGGCAGGAGCUGAAGACCAAUCCCCUCGUCAAGUAUGGCGCCGUGACAACCGUCACCACCAUCAGCAUGGUGCUGCUGCGCAGGUGGAUUGCUGGCGGAGUCUGUCGCAGUCGUGUCAAGCUGCAUGGCAGGACCGUGGUCAUCACGGGCGCCAACACCGGCAUCGGCAAGGAGACGGCCAGAGACAUGGCAAACAGAGGUGCACGUGUAAUCUUGGCGUGCCGGGACAUGACCAGGGCAGAGAUGGCGGCCGUGGAGAUCCGCCAGUCGACAGGAAACACCAACGUGGUGGUCCGCCAUCUUGACCUGUCCUCCCUGCUCUCCGUGCGGCGGUUCGCCAGGGAGUUCAUCGCCUCGGAGACGCGGCUGGACAUUCUCAUUAAUAACGCUGGUGUGAUGAUGUGUCCCAAGAGCUUGACGGAGGAUGGCUGUGAGACCCAGUUGGCUGUCAAUCACCUGGGCCAUUUCCUCCUGACCAAUCUGCUCCUGAAUAUGCUGAGAAGCUCCGCCCCCAGCCGUGUUGUUAACGUUUCCAGCAUUGCGCAUCAAGGCGGUAAAAUUCACUUGGACGACAUCAACUUUGAGAAGACACCGUACGACUCUCUGGUCAGCUACAGACAGAGCAAGCUAGCCAACCUGCUCUUCUCAAGAGAGCUGGCACGGAGAAACCAAGGCAGGGGAGUGACGUCCUUCGCCCUCCACCCAGGGGUCAUCCGUACGGAGCUAGGCCGCUACGUCCAGACCCGGUUCCCCCUGCUGAGCGCCCUGCUCUCCGCCCCGGCCCUCCUGCUGAUGAAGACCCCCUGGCAGGGAGCCCAGACCUCUAUCUACUGUGCCGUCACCCAGGGCCUGGAGAACAAGACCGGCUGCUACUUUAGUGACUGCAGGGUGAAAGAGCCAGCUCCUGAAGGGAGGGAUGACCUCACUGCUCUGAGGCUGUGGGACGUCAGUGCCAAGAUGGUGGGCUUUCUGGAGGAUGUCUGACACACACACACACACACAAUCAGACACACAUCAAUCAGACACUCCUCAGCUCAUCUGCCCAUCUCACAAUGCCAUAUUUUAUACAAUACUCUUUAUUUUCUUAGAGAACUAUUUUUCCUAUAUGGUCAUUGUUGUGAAUAAUUGAGAGGAGUUUCUGAUACUUAAUGGUUGUUCUUCCUAUG